AUGUCGACGCAUAGUUACAAAUUCGAUGUCAAGAUGACCUGCUCCGGCUGCUCCGGUGCUGUCGAGCGCGCGCUCAAGAAAGCGGAGUCCGAUGGUGUGAACUCGUUCACCGUCAGCCUGGAGAAGCAGGAGGUGCUGGUGACUGGGACGAUCCCGUAUGAUACCCUGCUCGAGAAGAUCAAGAAGACGGGCAAGGAGGUUCGCUCUGGAGAAACUGUGUCAUGA